UUCGGGGCCUUUUGAGGAAAUCAUCAACAAUGUGGACCGUUGCUCUCGUUCUUUGUUUGGGAAAUAUUCUCAUCACAGGAGAGGCCAGUGAUCAGCAUUCAGAACCUUUCUCUGUAAUUGAACUCUCUGAAACCGCCUCCCCUGGUCUUUUAAUACUGGAUAAACAGAAAUCCAACAGCUCAAUUCAUCCACCUCAUGUAGCAGGACCGAAAACCCAACACCCUCCUAUGUGCUUGGAGUCAGCUGGAAUCAGAGACACCUUCAAAUAUAUCCAUACUGUGGUGUCUGUUGCAGUUUUUGUUGUUGGAAUAGUGGGCAAUUCAACCUUACUGAAAAUCAUAUAUGUAAACAAAUGCAUGAGAAGUGGACCAAACAUUCUCAUUGCGAGUCUUGCGCUGGGGGAUCUAAUCCACAUUGUGAUAGACAUUCCAAUCAACGCAUACAGGCUCAUGGCAGAAGAUUGGCCAUUUGGCUUGGUGCUGUGCAAACUUGUCCCCUUCAUACAGAAAACCACAGUUGGAAUUACUGUGUUGAGCUUAUGUGCUUUAAGUGUUGACAGAUACCGAGCUGUAGUAUCCUGGAAUCGAAUCAAAGGCAUCGGGGUUCCAUUUUGGACAGCAAUCGAAAUAACUCUGAUUUGGGUUAUUUCUAUCCUGUUGGCUGUCCCUGAAGUUGUCGGCUUUGAUAUGAUAACAAUGGACUAUAAAGACAAGCAUCUGAGAAUUUGUCUGCUUCAUCCCAUGCAAACCACACCGUUCAUGCAGUUUUAUAAAUCAGUAAAGGACUGGUGGCUCUUUGGCUUCUACUUUUGCAUGCCACUGGCUUGGACUGCUGUCUUCUACGCACUCAUGACCAGGAAAAUGCUAAGGAAUACCGAUAAUACAAUAAGUGACCACACCAAGCAGAGACGGGAAGUUGCGAAAACCGUAUUCUGCCUGGUGAUUGUGUUUGCACUUUGCUGGUUGCCUCUAUACCUAAGUAGAAUCUUGAAAUUAACCAUAUACGAUGAGACAGAUCCUAAUAGGUGUCAACUACUGAGUGUCUUUCUUGUCAUGGACUAUUUUGGCAUUAAUAUGGCAUCACUCAACUCGUGCAUCAACCCUAUUGCAUUGUACACAGUCAGCAAGAGAUUUAAAGGAUGUUUCAAGGCAUGUCUGUGCAGUCGGUGUCUACCUCUUCCAGCUGUUCCCCAUGAUGAGGCACAGUCUGUUUUAAAGUCCAGAACGCAGGAUCAAGCCUCAUAGCAGAGCUGCAACUUCAAAGCUCACAAGCAGACUUCCACACCUCUAUCUGAGCAGGAGAACACCUUACUUACUGUGUUAACAAAACUCAGUGAAAAUACAUUGUGAGUGCUUUGGUAUAUCUUUAUUAAAUAUAUAUAUAUAUAUAUGGCUAUCAAAGCAGCUACCAAAACAUCGAUAGCUCAGUAACCUUGACAUGCCACCUAAUACUAUAAAAUACUUGUAAAUGUGAAUUACAUGCAGCACUAUCUUUUGUACUGUUGUUGUCAGUUGAACAUCUGCUUUAGUAUGAGCAACCUGGAGUCAGACUGUUCUGACUAUUUGCCUCCAGGGCUUGACUCACUCCCAACCAUUACAUCAGAUUUUACCUAGUACCUAUCCUGUAUCAUGCAUGCAGUUCUCAAAUCACUGUUUUGGGCACGAUGUUAACCUGGCACCCAUCAACAGAAAUCUUGUCACAGCUUACCGCCUGCAUAUGUAUUAUUUUGAUUCGGUUUCUGGAUUCUGGAAAGACACUGUGCCAUACGAAAUCAAGCAAAUUGGAAUUCAAAAUUACGACGGUGUGUUUUAUGGGCUACGGUGUAUUAUUAGCACAUACAUGUGUUUUUUUUUUUUUUAUCUAUGUUGAGUUUCCCCAUACACAAAGAGUUUAUAGUGUUCCUUUUCGUUCUUGAAUCUUGAGAAACUUAUAAAAUUGGUGCCACAAGUAGAUUCUGUCUCCGCCACUGAAUGACUGAUUGAUGGUGGCCUAUUUUUAAUGCAUUGUUAAAUGUGUAAUGCAUGGAGACACUUUAUAAAAGACCUGAGAGUGGGGAAGAAGGAAAACGAAGAUGACAG